GGAGAGGUGGGAUCGGGGGAAACGGUGGAAGUGUUGCAACGGCCUUGCUUUGAGGUUCCCAUUUCUCUGAUCUGAGGCUUUUGGUCCGUCCCACAGAUCCAGUUGCGCCGGUUGAGGGGGGCGAAGAUGUGUGGCGGAGCGAUCAUCUCCGACUUCGUGGAUGGUCGUGAUGUCACGCCGGACGACGAACUCCAACCCCGUCACGGGGAAGAGGGCGAGGAGGCGAAGACUAGGGCCGCGGGGCAAGGGGAGAGGCGGCGGAAGACGUUGUACAGGGGGAUACGCAGGCGGCCGUGGGGGAAGUGGGCGGCGGAGAUAAGGGACCCGAGGAAGGGGGCGAGGGUGUGGCUGGGGACGUACGGGACGGCGGAGGAGGCGGCGCAGGCGUACGACGCGGCGGCGCUGGAGAUCCGGGGGAGCAAGGCGAAGCUCAACUUCCCGGACGCCGCUGCCGCCGCGGGCGGGGACACGGCGGCGGUGCCACCCAAGAAGCGGAGGGCCGGGGCCGCGGAGGCAGGGGCGGGGGAGGAGAGCUCGGCGUCGUGCUGUGCGGCGCCGGAGGCGUCGUUGGAGGAGGGACUGCGGGAGCGGAUCUCGAGCUUGGAGACGUUCCUGGGGCUGGAGCACGAGGAGUCGGCGGCGGGCGAGGUGGCUGCGUGGGGUGAUGGCCGUUUCGUUUGAACGAUCGUGAUGGACGGCUGAGAUGUCGAUGGUGGCAAUUCUGUAGUUUCUUUUUUUUUUUCUCCUUCUUGUCCUACAAAAGCAAAAAAGGAAAAAAAAAUAUGUAUUUUAUGGUUAAGAUUAACGAACGGUAAAUAUGAUUAGUGGA